AUGGCUACAAACGUAAAUACCAAGGACUCUAUGAAGUCCACUUGGCGCGAUGCCGAUAAGAGCGAAUGGUCUUACUACCACCACCUCAUCGACUUCCUAGAUUUGCACCCCAUUGAACGUGAAAGGGAGGUCCCAGUACACUCGAAGGACGAAAAGGUACCAUAUGUGCCGCAGUGGUCGCAACACCGCUAUAUUCUCACCUACUCGGCUCUUCCACUCAUCGCCCACCAAGUGUUUUCGUCCUAUACCGGCUAUAAUCUCGGCCCCUUUGCCGCAUUCAACUUCUACUUCCUUGCGUUCAACCUGUUCAUCAUCUACGAGGCAAAACUUCUUCGCAGGCUCGGUCAUACGUUUGGCUUUCUAGACGGCGACAAGCACGAGCGUGACGGUAUUCCCGAUGUGGGCAUCCCAAAGAUUGUGGCAUCUCUUUACAAGACGACCGGUUCGCGUCUUAUCAUGUCCAUUUACCUCACCUACAACCCAAACCGGCUGCCUGGUAACACGAACUGGGCAUGGCUUCCUCUCGAGAUUGGCCUCUACGGCAUCGUUCUUGACUUCUGGUUCUACUGGUACCACCGGGCGAUGCACGACGUGAGCUUCCUGUGGAGGUUCCACCGUACGCACCACCUCACCAAGCACCCCAACCCCUUGCUCUCGGCCUACGCAGACCACGAACAGGAAUUCUUCGACAUGGUCGGGGUACCGUUCUUCACCUACAUGACCCUCAAGGCGUUCGGACUGCCCAUGGGUUUCUACGAGUGGUGGAUCUGCCAUGCUUAUGUCGCCUUCACCGAAGUACUAGGACACAGUGGUCUCCGUGUUCAUGGUUUAUCUGCUUCGACAAUGGGUUGGUUGCUAACUUGGCUCAACGCGGAUAUUGUCAUCGAGGACCAUGAUUUGCACCAUCGCAAGGGCUACAGGAAAAGCCACAACUAUGGCAAGCAGACACGCCUCUGGGACCGCAUCUUCGGUACCUGUCACGAUCGGAUCGAGUCCGUGAAUGAUAAUAUUGAUUAUGAGAACACCGCGCCGGUUCCACUCUAUUGA